CGGGAAUUUUUUUUUGGUGUUUUUUUUUUUUUUUUUUUCUUGUAGUUUGAUUUCUUACAACGCUGGGAGGCUGCAAAAGAGAUAAAGUUCCAGCUUGUCCGUUUCAAGGAAGAAAAGAAAAAAAAUGAUUGGAUUUUACAAACCAAAGACCUACAGGAGCUCCAGAGGCUGCUGCAUCUGCAAAGCCAAAUCCUCAAGCAGCCGAUUUACAGACAGCAAACGCUAUGAGGGCGACUUCCAGAAUUGUUUUGGACUACAUGAAAUGCGUACAGGAGAUAUCUGCAAUGCCUGCGUCCUUCUGGUGAAAAGAUGGAAGAAACUUCCCUCCGGCUCCAAGAAAAACUGGAAUCAUGUGGUAGAUGCCCGUGGCGGGCCCAACCUGAAAGCUCUGCGGAUCCGGCCUAAAAGGAUCAGGUCUCUGGCAGCACGAAGGAUGAAAAACAGACAGGUUUUGAAGAUGAAGAAAAGACUUUAUUCCGGGGCGCACAGCACGGCUUCCAGCGCUUCCCCCACACACUCCUCUUCUUGUAGUAACCCUUCCGAUACAGACACCGACACUGAGCUCCGCACCGCUCCAAGCAGAAACUCCACUUUUUCCUUCCUGGAUCCGACUUAUUGGAAAAGGCAGAAAGUUUGCUGUGGGAUCAUCUACGAAGGCCGUUACGGCGAAAUUCUCAUCGAUGCCCAACAAUACAAACCAUGCUGCAGUAAUAAGAAAACAGAGGAAACCGACACGAGAUGAUGCCCCUUAUAUCAUCCGUCACUACCUAUUCAGGGUCUUUUGCCGCGAACUGUUAAAGCACCACUUUUUUUUAUCUUAUUUUAUUUUUAUUUUUUAUGCAGGUUUUUGUGUGUAGAUAUGAGAAAAUAUUUAAUGUGUGAUAUAUGUAUAAGGCCAUUGCCCCCCCCCCACACCCCUAUUUUAUUUUAUUAUAACAAUCUGACGGUUUAUGCAGAUUAAGGGUCUGUUCGCAAUUGGCGCAUAUGCUGUAGAUUUGUUGCAAAUUGUUCGAAUUUACUUCACUAGGGAAUUAAAAAUUUGCAAUAAAUCUACACGUGUGAACAAGACGCUAAUACUAAAUAACUGAAGGAAUUUUACCUUCUAAAUCUGUACAAUCUCCAGUUCAUUUGCUGAAUUGGAACCUGUGUAUAAAGAUUAGGUUAUUUUAUUUUUAAUUUUUAAAUUUUUUUUUUUUUUUUUAUUCAUUUUUUGCUAUUAAGGAUUUUCUCUCGGGUUAUUAUAACUUCUGAUAUGUACCACUGUAAUUUUAUUUUUUAUUUUUUUUAAUGGACUGUGAUGCAAACCCAGAACUGGAUGAGGAUUAUAGAAACCAGAACCCUUUCCGCUGUGGAAUCUCGUUGAAGGUCGCCGUAUGUUACAAUGUAACUUUUGCAGAGCGCCCGUCCUCUUUAUAAACAGGACUUCUCAGGACGACAUUGGACGUGUCUUGCCCACAUUGCCUUAGGCUGGCUACGCCUUCCUAAUGUUCUUCCACCACUCCCCGUGGACGCGAUGUUGUGUGGGUGCGUGCACCAUUGUGGACAACCAAAGUCUGGAUUGUGGAUAUUUUGGAACUGCUUACCACUAUCUGCCUCCACACUCUUUUGAAUUAGUUUUAUUUUUUAUUAUUUUUUGGAUAUAUUCGCUAGUACAGAUAUAUUUUUAUAGUCUUUUUAUGUAAUCAACACACUGAAAUUGUAUUUGUCUUUAUAAAAAAGGGCAGGGACUGUGGUAAACCUAUAGCAAUCAUUACUAUAUGCAAUACUCGGCCUAUAAGGGCAUGUUCACCAUAGGAUAGGAUUCCAUACACGUAAAUGAGGAUGAUUGUGCAGCAUGUGCAUGCAUUUUUAAAUUAUUAUUAUUAUUAUUAUUUUUAAAGGUCCUAUG